UUUUCAUUUUUUCAGGUAUGUAUGGCAUGGGUAACAGCUAGCACCACCGCUUUAAUGUUGACAUUUACUAUAACAUCUUAUAGUGGAAAAAUAUUGUACAUUGCUUGGGUAAUGUCUACUUACUUUGCAAUAACCGGGCUUUUUGUGCUAAUUCCUGCUGUUUGUGAUCAUAUACUUGGAGAUAAAAAUGCAGGAAUUUUGGCAGGUCUUGUUUUUAUCCUUCCGUCUAUAUCAGGCAUUUUUGCUGCCUUAGGUGUCCAAUUUGUUUACAAAUGCUUCGGGUGGUUUGGAUCUUUCUGUUUUAUAGCUUUUUUAAGCUUUAUAGCAUUAAUCACAACGCUGUUAUAUUCAGAAACUGCUAUGUUACCACCAUGUUAGAGUGAAGGAAUAGAAUAAAAAGGAGGUAUCAGUACUUAAUGACUUGAAAUAUCGAUACUGAAAAAAACAAAUACAUCAGCAAUGACGGUCCAGUAUAUCUAAAUAACAUCUGACAGUGAAAAAUCAAGAGAUGUAUGGCAAAUGCAUAUAGUGAUUAAUAUACUAACCCAAAUUAUUGACCCAGGAUAUAUUUACUAAGUGUACAUUACAGAGAAUAAAAAACAAUACAUACGAACAAGCAAUCAGCACUACAACAUAGAAUGAACCACUUAUCUCUAUAUUAACCUGGAUUGCGCUUUGUCUUGUGUCACUGUAAUAACAUCAAACGAUAGUCAUAUUGUGGGUUCCUAAAUUGUUGAGUGCAAGCAGGUUAAAUGGAAAGGAUAUCCAAGUGAUGGUUGAAUGCUUGUACUAAUUUGACUCUUUCAGUUUUGGUAAUCUUAGGUUUUAUGAUAUUUCACUCCAAUUUAAUUUUAUUCACAUAUUAGAAAAUACAGUAUGUUAUAAUUAUAAAUAGGUAAUA